AUGGCUCACAAGAAAUCAUCGGGGCCCAAUCUGCAGGCAUGGUCGGACGAGGAAGAGGAGUUGAAGCUGAAGACCGAGAAGUCUGUGUUGCACCGAUUGGGACCGGGUACUAGUAGAGACGCGGAUUCGAAGAUGCGGGUGGAGGCGUGCCGAUCUCCUUGUCGUCGGCUGGGCGGUUCGUCGCCGGGAGAGGAGGCGCCAAGGAGAGCGUCGCUGGAGAAGGAAGGCUGCAAGUCCCUUCUCCACACGAACCCUAUGUCAUGGGAAGUGAAUCCACGCCGCACAGCAUCUGGGUUCUCGAUGGGCCAAGCUGAUCUGUAA